AUGGUGGUUUCACAGAAUGAUGAGAUUCCUAUUGGGUGGCCAUUUGGUCUUGGUGUUCUGAAUAUGAGAUUGAGAGUUGUGGAAUCACUUCCGGCAAACAAUGUUUCAGCUGAGCCUUACUUAUUGUCAUUGCAUAUUCCUUCCACGAGUUUUUCUUCAGUUUCUUCCUCCAACCUUGAUACUGAGUCAACAGCAUCAUUCUUUAAAGACAGCAGUGUAUCCCUCGGGCAUCUAAUUGGAAUCAGACCAGGUGAAAGAAAACGCUUAUACUUCACAAACCAACUAAGAUUCGAAGAAAAAGAGAAAAAAACUUGUUCUAUUGAUGCCUCUAAAUCACAAGAAGUUAACAUGUCCUGUGGAAUUUGCAUUACCUCAAUACUUGAUCCUCUGCUAAUAAAGAUUAGCAAAAGUAAGAAAAAUUUAAGGAACUAG